CGGAAGCCGCGGGGAGGCGGCGGUGCGGGGGGCCGAUGGCGGCCGUGCGGCUGAGCGAGGCGGAGAAGCUGUACAUCGUGCACGGCGUGCAGGAGGACCUGCGUGUAGACGGCCGUGGCUGCGAAGAUUACAGGUGUGCAGAAGUAGAAACAGAUGUUGUGUCAAACACAAGCGGAUCUGCGAGAGUGAAGCUGGGACACACUGAUGUCUUGGUAGGUGUAAAAGCUGAAAUGGGGACACCGAAGCUGGAGAAACCAGAUGAAGGUUAUCUGGAAUUCUUCGUUGACUGUUCUGCAAAUGCUACUCCCGAAUUUGAAGGCCGGGGAGGAGAAGAACUUGGCACAGAGAUAGCAAAUACACUCUACAGGAUAUUUAGCAGUGAAGGGAGUGUAGACCUGAAAUCUCUUUGUAUUAAUCCUAGAGAGCACUGCUGGGUUCUCUAUGUUGAUGUACUGUUACUGGAGUGUGGUGGGAACCUCUUUGAUGCAAUCUCUGUUGCGGUGAAGGCAGCUCUCUUUAACACAAGAAUACCCAAAGUGCGUGUUCUGGAGGAUGAAGAAGGCUCUAAAGAAAUUGAGCUCUCUGAUGACCCUUAUGAUUGUAUUCGACUUAAUGUGGGUGAUGUGCCCUGCAUUGUCACGUUAAGCAAAAUUGGAUAUAGGCAUGUGGUGGAUGCUACCCUUCAGGAAGAAGCCUGUUCUUUGGCCAGCCUGCUUAUUGCUGUCACCAGUAAGGGUGCCUUCACUUGCAUGAAGAAAAUAGGGAAAGGUAGCCUUGAUCCUGAGAGCAUUUUUGAAAUGAUGGAGAGAUCCAGAACUAAUUUUAGUAUGGCUAAAGUGGAAGUGAGGAAUGCAGAAGUCGGAGCCAAGUUUGAAAGCAGUUGGUCUCAAGUGGAAAUUACAUGCUGAAUAUAUGUGGGAGUUCACUGUAUCGUGAUGUCAGUCCAGAGUGCUAAUCGUGGUGGUACCAGUGGUCUGCUUAUUUGCAUGCAGGGAGGUCACUUAGCCCCCUUGUUGUCUGGGUAGAUGUGCACAGGGUUUAUCUUUGAUCUGGCACCCUACAGAAACCAAACUUUGUAUGGACUUCUGAUGUGUCUUCCUGGAUGGAUUUUGAGUCCAAUUCUAACUAAAUUUCACAAGACUUGAAGCUUUGGGUCUAGGGCUGCUACAGAGAGAUGGGUGUUUAAGUCAGCUGCGGGCUCAUGGUAGAAGCCAGCCCCCAUGCAAAUUUUCUGAUGUCCAAAUGCAGAAAACAUUGAUCACCAACUUUGCUCUACGUUGAGCCCUAACUAGAAAAAGAACUUCUGUGGUUCCAUUGCUAGUCUACUAUCAGGCCGUGCUUGAGACUGUACACUGCUUACCUAAACCCUGAGCAGAUGUGUUUGGAAAUCUUCCAACUGUCUUACUCUACUCAAGAGCUCCUUGUCCUUUUGUGUUGGUGAAAGGAGUUAAAGCAUAAGCUGAAUGCCCAGUGAGCUGUGCUCUCACUUGGUUUGGAUAAAGUCUUCUCUCUUGAGGGUGUGAGGGAGAAAACUGAUGAGAAGAAACGAAGAUGUUUUCUGGGAGGUGAGAGGUUCUGUUUUAUUUGAGACUGUCUCAAACACAGCAGCAUGAUCAGGGUACCAAAGGAAAGAAAAAAAAAAAAAAGAGGAGGGGACUGGGAAUGUCCAGUGGAGGAGCUGCAUAAUUCUUCUUUGACACUUCCUGUCCCUAAUGAGAUUUAACAGCAGGUCAGGAGGUUUGUUCAGCUUUCCCUGGCUGGUAGAGAACAGAUGUACCUAGGACCUGUCUCUUAGGAAGGCAGUUGCAUGGGGAAGUUUUGGGAAGCUGUCAGUGUUAGGCUUUCUGCUGAAUUUAUGAUCCAUAAGGGACGCAAGUGGGCAUAAGAUGGCAACAGCAUUAUGUGUUGUGUCAACACCAGAGCUCUACAGAGUUCCCGUUCACUUUGACCAGGUGUGAACGAUGUUGUCCUACAUUUGAGGAGAAGAGUGACCAAAGUACAUCACCCCUCUGGACUGCGGAGUGCUGCUGUGGUCUUUGUCCCAUUGCAGAGCAGUAGCAAUUCUUGUGUGCCAUCUUUUAUUUAGCAUGACUCAUACUGUUCAGGAUUGACAGCCACCUUGCUGCCUCAGAGCUCAUCCCAGGUUUGCUUUGGUAUUACGGACCGUAUUCUAUCACCUGGUUCUUCAGUUAGAAAUGUACCUCACUUUAAGGUUUGUGCACCCACAGUGUUGGGAAUUGUCACCACAAAUGAAAGAACUUUUUGGUUUUUCAGCUGUAUGGCAGGCAUAGGCUUAAUUGCAGAGAUCAGGAACUGAUUAACUCAGUUUAAUACAGCCUGGCGUUGGCUGUUCAGGGAGGGGUGGGCUCUAUUCAGCUGUGUAUGGAGCCGGUAUUUCAGGUCAUCUGUAGGAACUCCAGGAGAACACUAACGGUCACUGCUGCUUUAAGAUCUUUAUUUCAGCACUGCCCGAUGUUCCUCAUUCCUGCAGCUUCUGCAGUACACUUGUGCCUGUGGGGAGAGUGGGGGCUGGUAUCAGAGCUAACCCUGGUGGUUUUCCACUGCUGGAGUUUAUUUCUGCAUAGAAAACCUACUGUUGGCUCCUUCAAGGCCCACGGACAGUACAGAAUUGUGCAGCAUAACAAAGAAUCUGGCCCACAAUUUGCUUUGGUGAUACAGCCGAUGUGCAUUUUGGGCUUUUAAUAGUGGACCAAAAUCUCUGGCUACAUGAUAGUGUGUUAUAUAGAAAGCAUACUGCUUCGUAUUGCAUGUGCUGCCUAAUUUGAAUGUGUGCUUGUACCUGAUGUGAACUUAAUUUGUACUCCUGGGUGAUCCAGCGUUGCAUGGAUCAGGUGCUGAUGAUCGUGGAAUGCUUCUCUGAUGAAUUGGAGCGCUGCCUUUAUGCAUAUUUUUUUCCAAAACUUAAUCAAAUUAAGAUGAAACUUUCACCACCAUUAUUUUUCUUAAUUAAAAGCAUGUUUUUAUUACACCAGCUGGUAUAUAUUAAUCAUUAAAGGGAAAAUUUGUCAAAAGAAAGUGA